CCUAGUAUUCAAUAUUUUAAGCAUUUAUUUUUUAUCUACCGUAUUAGAUUCUAUCGGAAGUGUACUCAUAGUCGAUACGUGGACUCGGUCGAGAAUGCAGCAGACCGCGCUAGAUGUGCUGUAGAUUGCACCCAAAAUACGCCAUUGCCAUCAAAGGAAGCGGAAUGGUGGCAUCGCUGAUUGCUUUCCCAUCUGCCGAUCUGCGUGAGGUGUAACUUGAGGUGUGUACCGUUCUUCGCUAUUAUACACCGGUAAAGCAUUCCGUAUCGCGCUCGGGGGAUGAAACUGGUUACUGAUACCGAUGGGAAAGGUUAAGCAUCAAGCUAUUUCGUGAUAUAUCCUGCUCCGUGUUUCUACUUUUGAUAGUGAAUGUUUACUUGUUCAUGUCCCUCGUGCACCGCGUGCCAUCUAGUCCAACUAGCGCAUUGGAGUAUAUAGCUUAGAAAUUGGAUUGUUUACCUUCCGGAAGAGCAGUUAGGCGGCCCCAAACCGUUCGAAUCGUUGUGGAUUGCCAUCAUCGGCGAAGCCAGUGUUAUUGUAGCAGGCUUGCGCAAUUGUGCAUUUUACCACAUCCCGCGAAGGAGUGAAAGAGCACGAGCUAGUAGACAUAUCUGGUUUGAUAAGCCCAAGGAAGACCGCUUAAAAUCGCACUUGCCAUCGGAAGUGCGUAAUACUGGACGGCUUGAGCUACAAGUAGCACCAUCCGGGAAAUUGAAACCCCUGCCGAACGAGCGCACAAGGGGACAAACGUAAACAGUGCAGCAAGCGGACCAAAAGGCGCAGCGCAGCGAAUGAUUCUAAGACAACCCCCUGGGUUUGAAUGAGGGGAACGAUAUUUUCAUUCAACGUCCACCCGUUUGCACUGGUGAAGGCCGGAUAAAAAGAAAAAAAAAACAGCCCAACUUUACCCGGCAGAACAAGGGACACAGCACAAACGGUGCGACCCUCUUCAGCUUUGAGCGUCGUUUUACCACACCGAAUAUAAAAUCGGACCCCGGGACGACGAUUCCCGUUUGCUUUUUGAAUCGUGAAAAGUGCGCGGUGCAAAAAGUAUUAACCAAAAUCGGGAACCAUACUUUGUUGUAUGUUUACGUGAUUGCGUCCGUGUAUGAAUGCGAAAGUGUCUCAUCGCGCUAAAGGACAUCCAGUAGUAGUCGGUGGGUACUAGUUGCUCCGAUUGCUAACAUUUGACGCGGAGGUGUUAUGCAUGCGCCAAGCACUUUCAAAAGUCGUGACUGCUUCACCGACAUUCGUGUAAUCGAGUUGUGAAGGACGAUCGAGCGAUUGGUGACGGAAAGUUAAGUAACACUCAGGAAAUUGAAAAAUCCUAGCAGGCAUUAUCUCCAUACAGUGCACGUGUGUGAGUCUACUCCUGCGGCAAAAGGAGAGAUAAUCACCGAAGGAGUAAAAGCGAUCGAGCACGAGCUGCACGUGCGAGCAGUAGGCGAUCAAGUCGUCCUUUUUGUGUUCGAGUGUGCGUGAGCGGCACAAACGGGUGGAAGAGUAGAGAGCGAGAAAGAGGAAAGGAUAGAUAGCACCCUCGACGAGGAACAAGCGGACCCCGCAUAGCCUAGUUCUGGUACAGUUUAUAUGUGUAUGUGUGUGUUUGUGCCAGUGUAAAAGAACUAGGACGAAACGGGAAGAAGACAAGCGGGACGCAAAACAACAGGCGCAACAUAAGGGACAGGCGCCCAUAGGAAGUGGUGCAGACGGGGGCAAGGCAAGGGGUGAGGUGUAUGCGCGCGCGGAAACAAAACAUCUGCCGUGUGGUGGAAAUAAUAAUUAAGCACACGGCAUUAUGAUAUUAUAUGUACGUACGUACGUAUGCUAGCGCUGUCCCGCAUGAAGUGUUACUAACGAAGAGCAGAAAGGAAGGAAGGAUACGGAACCGACGUGUGCGGGAGGGUGAAAGCGUGUUGUGUUGCGUGGAGGACGAGCAAAGGGUCCCGGGGACAAGAACGCUAGGGGCGCAUCUUCAAGCACCGUGCGCAUAAUCGACUACUUUGCGCGGCGCAGGGGGAAACACGUUCUCACUACGGUAGGGUGCUGAAAUAGGGACGCCCUAGCGAGCGAGGACCCUCGCUCCGGAACUGGCACAAGGUAGCCCAGGGGUGUGCGUCGGGCAGCGGCGUUCACGACGUGUUCAAUCUUGCAGCUCGCUUGUGUGUACAGAGCGUCAUCGUGUACGUUUGCGUGUGUGUGUCUGUGUAUGUACAUGUGUUGUUGUUGACAAGCAAAGGACGAAAGUGCAGCCCUGAAAGUGUUUUGCGUUGGGUUAGAAAGUUGAUUGAACUUUGCGCACAUCCUCGAGGAAGACGUUUCUUUUGAAUAGGAGAUCGUAGCAUAAAACAAAAUGUACGCGACCAUGGAGAGCUCGGAGGAUGAUAACUCCGAUCACUCGCAGGGUGAUAAGUCUAACAAAUCCCGCUGGACCAAGCACGAGGAUGCCGCCCUCAAGCAGUUGGUCGAGCAGUACGGGGAACGGUGGGAAAUUAUCUCCAAACUGAUGCGGGAGCGCAACGAUGUUCAAUGUCAGCAGCGAUGGACGAAGGUGGUCAACCCGGAUCUGAUCAAAGGUCCUUGGACAAAGGAGGAGGAUGACAAAGUCGUGGCACUGGUUGAGAAAUAUGGUCCAAAAAAGUGGACCUUGAUCGCACGCCAUCUGCGCGGUCGUAUCGGCAAGCAGUGUCGCGAGCGCUGGCACAACCACCUGAACCCGAACAUCAAGAAGUCGGCAUGGACCGAGGAAGAAGAUCGAACGAUCUACCAGGCGCACCAGAAGUGGGGCAACCAGUGGGCAAAGAUAGCGAAGCUGCUGCCCGGCCGAACGGACAAUGCGAUCAAGAACCACUGGAACUCGACGAUGCGCCGCAAGUACGAGGGCCCCGAAACAACGCGCCGGCGAGUGAAAUCGUCCAUCCCGCUGCCGCUCGUGCAUCCACCAGCGUUACACCCACACAACUCGUCCGCACCGGCCGAGCUGACCGAGGGAAGUGGCGCGAGUCGCGACUCACACCACCAGCACGUGGCCAAGGAAAGCCUGCAGAACAUCAUUCGUAAGAAUCGCAAGAAACCUUCGCUGGACGAGAAUAUGUUCGCCGAGGAGUACCCGAUCGAAGAGGGUCACAUCGAGGAUAAGGUGGCCGUUUCGACCGAGCACGGUGACUUCCUGAUCAGCCCCAUCCCGCACCGGGAGAAGCAAUACCUCAUCGAGCCGGUGAUGCCAACGAAGCAAAGUGCAAAGCUGCUUGCCGAUAGUGUCGUCGGUGGCGACAGCAACAAAUUGGUGGCAUCGUUCGCGUUGAACAACAAUAAUAACAAUAACACCAUCGCGCACUCAACGGCACCGGGAGGUGGGUUUGGGUUGGCGGGGCAGCAAUAUUUGCCGGCCAAUAUCGAUCUGCACGAGCUCAUCAAUGCAUCCCGGAGUGACGAGACGAGUGGCGUGGGUUUGGAGAAAAAGUCCACACCGAACAUCCUGCGAAGAAAACGGAAGCUGCUUGACGAAAACGAUGCGAACGAGCUUCGCAGUAUGCAAUCGGUCUAUCCAUCGGACAAGGACAGUGAGAACGUCCAUGGUGGCAGCGAUUCCCGUGCAGCGACCGGUGGCCCCCGAGGCGAUGGUACCGAAAAAAUGCACCUCCUUUCGCCGUCCAUCACGCCGAUCAAGCCGUUGCCGUUCUCGCCGAGCCAGUUCCUGAACUCGCCCAGCUUGAAUUUGUCCUUCGAUCAGCUUCCCGCCAGCACGCCCGUCAAACGAGCCGCAGUGAAAAAUGACACUAGUCUCCUGAGCACACCAAUCCCAGCAAAGGACAGUCAAAUGGUGCAAGUUAAGAAGGAGGCACCAUCACCAUCGACCGAACCCCCGAAACCUGGCACCAACAAUGAGGAGGAUGGUAAAAUCAAAACCCCACUGAAGGACGGUGCAAAGGGUUCGACCCUAGAGCCGCGCACUCCAACGCCAUUCAAGAACGCCAUGGCCGAGCUCGGAAAACGGCGCUCGGAAGUUUAUGUGCCACCAAGUCCUGCUGGGCUUGGAGAGGAUAUUGCCGAAAUUAUGAACCAGGAGCAGGCGAAGGAAAAUUCUGCCGAUUCGUCGUUGGCCGGUAGCGAUACGUCCACCGGUAACAAGACCCAGGCCACCAAUGGAUCCCAGGAGGAGAACAAAGAAUUGGCGAAGGACAACACAACCAAUACUAAAGUUCGCCCGAAACCCGUGUCGCCAUCUGCACUCGAGAAGAGAAUGCGGUCAACCUCCACCCAUGUUAACAAGUGGAACAAUUCAGAGAUGAGUUUGUUUACGGAAACACCGAGUAAAUCGCUUAUGUCUGAUUCUGGCGAUACCCUUUCACCGUCAUUUCGAGAUCCGAUAAGGGAGGCGGAAAUGCUGCUGGAAGCGAACGAGGACAUAAAGGAUACAAUUUCAAACAGCUCCUCGAAGCAAUCCAAUCCGGCUAAUAGCACCACCGUGCCGAUCGAUUUGAAGUGGGAAAAGUACGCCUGUGGCAAAACGCGCGACCACAUACAGUUGUCCCACCAGGCACAUAACAUCCUCAGCAAAAAAUCGCUUCAGCCGAGAUCGUUGAACUUUUACAAGUAAGAGUGAUGCUGAGCCGAGGCAAACGGGAGAACCUCUUUUGCGCUCCUAGGCUCGCAGAAAGCAAUCGUAGCUGCAAUUUGAAUUUGUAUCAAAAUAUGAUUUAAGGUUACAAAGUACCCCUUUGCAAAGUUUCGCAUAUUCGCAUGCAUACAGAAUGGAGGCUUGAUUGUCGCUUCAAAUUUGGAUUAUAUGUUCAGUGUUUGGUUGGUUUUAAAAUUAAGCAUAAGCAGACGACGCACUACCAUACAGUGGGGCGAUAAGCAAAGAAUUCAAGAGUUUUUUCCCCCGACAAAGUGUGAGGAGUGUGUUUAUGUGGCGUCUUAUAUUAACUCUUUACCUUAGAGUUUAUAUAAAGACGAAAGAAUAGGUUUUAAGAAGACGUAACUAAACUAACCAAAAACCUCAUCAUAGUUUUAAACCUACCAACAUUUCCAGCAAGAGUGUUAGUACGGUUGAAUGAACCGGUCAAGUCAGAUGGUAGGUAAGCGUACUAGAAAGGCACAUAAAAUAUUCAUCGUUAUAUAUUUUCCAAUGUCAUUUAAAACAUGCCUAACUUUUCUUUGCGGUUCCGUAUAGGUUCCUUUUAACAGUCAAGAAUCUAUUAAAAUCUACAGUAGGCUUUAUAGAGCAGACAGAAGUCCAUAAAGGACAAGGGUCAGAUUUCCGGUUCACAUAAACGGACGUAGAAAAAGAUUUUAAGAACUAAAAAUUUAUUGUAUUUCAUUUUAGAUGUAUACGCAUAUUUUGUUAGAUUUUUUUUUUGUAAGCUCGUUUUUGGUUAUUUAUGUCUUACUUUACACACUUUUGGACUUCUUUUUUUCUGUUUCUUUCAAAAAGCUUGAAACAAUAGAGACCACUUGAGCAAAGCUAUGUAAAUUGUGCGCCCUGGAAAAUUGUGCGCUAAUUAAAAUUAUAAUUUUUAAAAUUUUUAAGCACAUGCCCAAUGUUACGCAUAUUUUUUUUAAUUGUAAAACGGUGUUGUAGGGAAACGCUUCAUGUCAGGAAGCAGUAAAUCUAUAAGCACGAGAUAGGGUAUCGAAGCGUGGGGCAUAAUUUGUAAGUUCAAAUACAAAAAGAUUUAUUCUUCUAUGGAAAUACAUUAAAGACCCUCAUUUUGGGCGUAGUUCUUACCACCUUAAAGUGCACAAACAUGGGACAUAAAUAUGUCGUUCAUUAUACAUACAACAAUGUAGCAAUAAAGAUGGUAUUGGUUCAUAUAAAUGAA